AUGUCAGUCUCUCUGUCAAGCAACCCUGUGGUGAAAGACAGGAGUUACCAAUUCGACCCACUGAAAGGUAGUCCUGCCAAGGUGUCCAGUUACUUCCCUGUUCUCGCCGGCGCGCAGCACAUGGACGUUCUCAAGAGCGCACACAGCAUCUUCAAUCCGCUGAAGUCACUGGGACGACUGGUCUCGGACGCACAAGCAGUCAUGCCGUUCACCUUCAACAGUUCUCCAUCCUUUUUCGGUCAGAAUAGUCACCAAACGGCGCUCGUACACGAACAAGUUUUUAGUGUAUCCAGCAUUCCAUAUUUUAAUAGAAUUCCGCCUACACACACACUCUUCUCCAGACAUGAGGACCUGACCCAAGAGGUCACGGAACACGCUACAGGACCUCUCUCGGAAUUCAGUAGUCCAUGCAGCGAACGGUCCUCUGUGACAUCGUCCUCGCCCUCCAAGGAUAGUCUCAACUUCCUGCAUAGCACCGAAUCAUUGUCGGAGCAAACGCGCACUUACAGUUUUACAGAAGAAGACCUUUUCUCCGUCCUCUAUGGCUACUCCAAAAGCAAGGAGCAAAGUGUGGGGCAUGCUAUGUCCGGAUUAGCGUUCUCUGACAAUUCAAUUCCCGAUCUGCAAGUCCACUCUGUCGAUACUGACUCUGUAGAACUCCCCGAAGGGUUAUCGGUUCUCAAAACUACUUGCAGUGGUGUUUCCCAUUAUGGGGUAUUUGCCGAUAAAAGCAUCAUUCCAAAGGGAACUAGAUUUGGGCCAUUCCAAGGAAAACUGGUGAACACCAGCGAAAUCAAAACCUACGACGAUAAUACACUGAUGUGGGAGAUCUUUGAGAAUGGACGCUUGAGUCACUUCGUGGACGGAAGAGGCUCGUCGGGUAACUGGAUGUCUUUGGUGAAGUGUGCCCGGUUUCCCGAGGAACAAAAUCUAAUCGCCACGCAGACACAGGGCCAGAUCUACUAUGAGGCAUGUAAAGAAAUCCGACCCCAACAAGAGUUGCUGGUCUGGUAUGGAGACUGUUAUGUGCAGUUUCUGGGCAUCCCUCUCACUCUCAAGGAGUUCAUUGAUGACUCUAAUGUCCCUGUUCCCACAGAAGACUCUGGAGAGGGUUUCAAAUGUGAUCGAUGUGGAAAGGUCUUCGCAUACAAAUACUACAGAGACAAACAUUUAAAAUACACGAGAUGUGUGGAUCAAGGGGACAGGAAAUUCCCGUGUCAUCUUUGCAACAGGUCUUUUGAAAAGAGAGAUCGUCUCAGAAUACACAUUCUCCAUGUGCAUGAGAAACAUAGGCCGCACAAGUGUUCUGUUUGCGGAAAAAGUUUCUCACAGUCUUCCAGUCUGAACAAACAUAUGCGUGUGCAUUCUGGAGAGCGACCAUACAAAUGUGUUUACUGCAACAAGGCUUUCACAGCUUCAAGCAUUCUUCGUACGCACAUCAGGCAACAUUCAGGUGAACGGCCUUUCAAAUGCAAGCACUGUGGAAAGGCAUUCGCUUCUCAUGCUGCCCACGACAGCCACGUCAGGCGGACUCACGCGAAAGAUAAACCGUUCUCCUGUGAUGUCUGCGGGAGCACGUUCCAAGAAAUUCAGGAACUCAAGUUGCAUAUGAAGAACCAUAAAAAAAGACCGCUUUUGGAAACCGCAGUUCCUGCAACUUUGACUGGAAAUCAGUGUCCGGAAGAAAACGUCGUUUUCCCCUUGAGUAAAGAGUGUGCUCGAGGACAGCGGCAAAUGGGAGAUAAUUUUGCCGUUACUGGACUCACCAGACUCAGCUCUGAAUACAGACCUUGGAACUAA